AGGCCGGCUUCACCGCAGUCCCUCCCCGUGCUACAAGCCGCAGCCAAGACCUUCUCAGUGUACUUAGAACAUUCUGUAGACCCGAUGAGAAAGAGAGAGAAGGAAGGAAGGAAGUGGUCGAGGAUUAGGUGGUUGAAGACAUUCUACAUGUCUACGUAAACUUUGACGUUGGUUGGAUAACUUUAUUGUAAGUUUAAAAGAGUAAAGAAAGAGAGGCAGCUGCGCGUCGCUUCACCCAGGCUGAGCGGAAACAAGGAAGUGAAGCGAAACGGUCAAACAAAUGUAAACCUAAGAGGAGAUACCAGGAUCUACCAGGAUCUUCAUGGCCUACCUCAAUACUCCUACUUAUCUAUCCCGCAUCUUUUCCCAACCUAACUCCUGAGAACGGCCACCAGGCCUUGGGCUUUAUCCUGUGGCCUCUACUGUGGAGGCCUUUCUCGUUAGGAUCUUAACUCCCACAAAGCACUGCUUUCCCGGAGCAGCCAUGGCACCAUUGGAUUUGUAAUGUCCAUGUCUGGUAACGAAUCGGGACAAGUGGAUGAAAGGGGGCAGAUUCUCAGAGACGUUCCCUUGUUUGUGAUUGGAUGUGACGAUGAUGAGCUGGAUAGUGGUCAAAUGGAUGCUGAUGUAAAGAAAGACUCGUUUCAAGAAGAGGACAUGGAGGAUAAUGACAACAAGUUGCGACAGGUUGUUGUGGGGAUAUGCGCAAUGAUGAAGAAGUCCAAGUCAAAGCCCAUGACUCAGAUCUUGGAGAGACUGUGUAAGUUUGAAUACAUCGAUGUAGUCAUCUUUCCUGAGGAGGUGAUUCUGGAGGAACCUGUGGAGAAAUGGCCACUCUGCGAUUGUCUUAUCUCCUUCCAUUCAAAAGGUUUCCCUCUUGACAAAGCAGUUGAAUAUGCUGAGCUCAGGAAUCCACUGCUUAUCAAUGAUCUCAACAUGCAGUAUUUCAUUCAGGACAGGAGGGAAGUGUACCGGAUCCUUCAGGAAGAGGGCAUCGACCUUCCUCGCUAUGCUGUGUUGAACCGAGACCCUGACAAUCCUGAAGACUGUAACCUGGUGGAGGGGGAGGACCAUGUUGAGGUGAAUGGAGAGGUGUUUCCUAAACCCUUUGUGGAGAAACCUGUGUGUGCUGAGGACCACAAUGUAUACAUCUACUACCCAACAUCUGCAGGAGGAGGCAGCCAGAGGCUGUUCAGAAAGAUAGGGAGUCGCAGCAGUGUGUACUCCCCAGAGAGCAGUGUGAGAAAAACGGGCUCCUACAUCUACGAGGAGUUCAUGCCCACAGAUGGCACUGAUGUGAAGGUCUACACUGUUGGUCCAGACUAUGCCCAUGCUGAGGCCAGAAAGUCUCCAGCACUGGAUGGUAAGGUGGAGAGAGACAGUGAGGGGAAGGAGAUCCGAUAUCCAGUCAUGCUCACUGCUAUGGAGAAACUGGUUGCCCGAAAAGUCUGCUUGGCCUUUAAGCAAACAGUGUGUGGAUUUGAUCUGCUCAGAGCCAAUGGCCACUCCUACGUCUGUGAUGUGAAUGGCUUCAGCUUUGUGAAAAACUCAAUGAAAUACUACGAUGAUUGUGCCAAAGUCCUGGGAAACAUGGUAAUGAGGGAAUUAGCCCCCCAGCUUCACAUCCCCUGGUCAAUCCCCAUGGAGGCUGAAGACAUCCCCAUCGUCCCAACAACCUCAGGAACCAUGAUGGAGCUGCGCUGCGUCAUUGCCAUCAUCCGCCAUGGAGAUCGAACACCAAAGCAAAAGAUGAAAAUGGAGGUCCGACAUCCCCUAUUUUUUGAAUUGUUCAAAAAAUACGGAGGAUACAAGACGGGCAAGAUAAAACUAAAAAAACCCAAACAACUGCAGGAAGUGCUGGAUAUCGCUCGCUUGCUGCUGAUUGAACUUGGGCAGCAUAAUGACUGUGAGAUCGAGGAGAAGAAAUCCAAACUGGAGCAGCUCAAGACAGUGUUGGAAAUGUACGGCCAUUUCUCAGGUAUCAACAGGAAAGUUCAGCUGACUUACCUUCAAAACGGUCAACCCAAAGCGUCCAGUGAAGAAGAAGAAUUUAAGAGGGAUGGCCCGUCUUUGCUGCUGGUGUUGAAGUGGGGCGGGGAGCUGACUCCUGCUGGCCGGGUUCAAGCUGAAGAGCUGGGCAGGGCCUUCCGUUGCAUGUACCCAGGGGGUCAAGGUGACUAUGCUGGGUUUCCUGGCUGUGGCCUGCUGCGCCUUCACAGCACCUACCGCCAUGAUCUAAAGAUCUACGCCUCUGAUGAAGGCAGAGUACAGAUGACAGCCGCAGCAUUCGCCAAGGGUCUUCUGGCUCUGGAGGGGGAGCUAACACCCAUCCUGGUUCAGAUGGUGAAGAGCGCCAACAUGAACGGGCUUCUGGACAGCGACUCUCUGACUGACUGCCAACAGAAGGUGAAGGCCAGGUUACAUGAUAUCAUGCAGAAAGACCAAGACUUUACACAAGAAGACUAUCAGAAGUUGGCUCCAACAGGCGGCUCAUCGCUAAUAAACUCUAUGAAGGUCAUCGAGAAUCCGGUCAAAACCUGUGACAAGGUCUAUGCGCUCAUCCAGAGUCUCACCUCUCAGAUCCGAAAGAGGCUGGAGGACCCAAAGUCAUCAGAUCUGCAGCUUUACCACAGUGAGACGCUGGAGCUGAUGUUACAGCGUUGGUCCAAGCUGGAGAGAGACUUCCGGAUGAAGAACGGUCGCUAUGACAUUAGCAAGAUCCCAGACAUCUACGACUGCAUCAAAUAUGACUCUCAGCACAAUGCCUCUCUCAGCCUGGAGGACACUUUAGAGCUGUUUCGAUUGUCACGUGCACUGGCUGACAUCGUCAUACCACAGGAAUAUGGCAUCAGUAAAGCAGAGAAGCUCGACAUCGCUCAGGCUUACUGCGUUCCUCUUAUGAGAAAAAUUCAGCUGGACCUACAGAGAACCCAUGAGGACGAGGCCGUCAAUAAGCUGCACCCACUGUAUUCUCGAGGCGUAAUGUCCCCGGGUCGUCAUGUUCGCACACGGCUCUACUUCACCAGCGAGAGCCACGUUCACUCGCUGCUCAGCAUGUUUCGCUAUGGAGGACUCCUGGAUGAGGAGAAGGACCAGCAGUGGAGACAGGCCAUGGACUACCUGAGCGCCGUAACUGAACUCAACUACAUGACUCAAAUCGUCAUCAUGCUGUAUGAAGACAACAACAAGGAACCCUCCUCAGAGGAGCGUUUCCAUGUGGAGCUUCACUUCAGUCCAGGAGUCAAAGGGUGUGAAGAUGAAGAGAAUGUGCCUCUUGGUUUUGGUUUCCGGCCUGCCUCAUCAGAGAAUGAAGACAAGAAGCCCAAUCAGGGCAGUUUGGAGGAUCUUUCCCAGGACCAGACAGAUAAGGCACUUCCUGUUUCUGAGCUUCUUAACCUCCAGAGAAAGUCACCGAUGAUCCGCAGUCACAAGGCUGGCUCCAUGGAGGUCCUCUCAGAAACCUCCCCCAACCAUUCUUCUAAAAGCUGCACAUCUCAUCGACUCUUCCAGUCAUGUUGUCGCCAGUCUCCUGAGAUACAAGCAGUCAGCGGGCUAGGCUCGCUCUGCUCUGGCCUCUUCAAUGCCUCGGCCCUCGGGGUGUCCUGUAGCGCCCCCAACCUGCGGGACUACGUCCGCACACACCACUACCACCACCAAAAACCAUCCCUGUCCCCUGGCAGUCUGCCGUACAAGAUUGGCAUGUUUGAGCUGCUCUCUAUGCCGGCAGUAAAGAGAUUUUCUGUGUCGUUUGCCAGGCAUCCGACCAAUGGGUUUGAAGGCUGCUCCAUGGUGCCCUCUAUCUACCCACUGGAAACGCUACACAACCUGCUCUCCUUGAAGCAGGUGGAGGAAUUCCUCAGCAAAGUGUGUGAGAACAGCUGUGAGGCUCAGGCUAAAACUAUGAAAGCACUUUCUGGUUUGUUUAACUCGGAGAGUCAGACGUGUCUGGAUAGCCCUCAGCAGCCUCUGUCCUCCUCUGGAUCUGAGGCUUCACUCCAACCACGGAACCAGCCUCUGUGGCAUGGCAGCAUACCAUCCAGCACCGUCUCCAGUGCAGGUCCUUCAUCACCAGUCACAGAUAGCUCUGGUCUGAAAUUCAGCUUCAGUGAAUAGGACAACAGUCCAGAGACCACCAUGACGUCUGUCUACAGACCACCCGAACGUCUGUCUACAGACCACCCGAACGUCUGUCUACAGACCACUAGGACAUUUGUCCAUAGACCACCAGGACGUCUGUCUACAGACCACUUGGACAUCUGUCCACAGACCACCCGGACGUCUGUCUACAGACCACCCGAAUGUCUGUCCAAGAACCACCUGGACUUCUGUCCACAGACCGCUUGGACACCUAGUCCUUUCAGACAUUCAAACAGCUCCCAGACCAGCUCUGCCUGUUUAGAUGUUCCUAUAAGUGCCUGCUGGUUUUUCUUUUAGCCCAGCUGCUUGUUCAUUAUCGACAUCCUCAUUUAGGUUGGAAAUGUUUUGUCCAAACUGAAUAAACAAAGUCCUAAUCUGAAUGCUGAGAGAAGACACCUAGGAAAUAUCUGAGUUUGACUGCUGCACAGGCAUUAUGCUUUAAAUUAGAUCGUUUUUUUUUGUAGAAAGUCAGGCUGCAGGGAUCUGUGAAGAACCAAAUGUUUCUAUGUAAGCUUUACAGUGUUGACAGGCAGGUUUAACCUAAUUCUUCAUUUUAAUUUACUUUAAAAAAAAAUCUGUUUUAAGAAAAUUGUUUAAUUCAUUCCUUUUAAUUAUAGUUGUGCUAAGAAGGUCUGAUUUGUAAAACUGAUUCUGGUCUGAUUUUAUUGUGAAAUUAUUUUUAAAAUAUCCUGUUUGAUCUGAAUGUGGAAUAUUAUUUUUGUCAUCAUUACAAAUUAUUCUGGACAUUUGUCUGUUGUUUAUUGACUUUUAGUCCUUUUUCACCUUCGUUAAGGUUGUUUUACUGACUGAACAUUUUCUUUGAUGAACCUUCCGGACUGGAAGGUUUUCUUUGAGACCCAAGCCAGACUGAUCAGGCUUUAUUCUUAUCUUCUAUAUGAUUCUGCAGUUUAUUGGAAACAAAACUGUACAUGCACCUUAGAUUUAUUUGAGAUUAUGACUCAAAUUUAAUUUAGAUGAACUACUUUGGUAUUUCUCUCAUACCUGCAAACUUGGUGUGAAAAAGGUAACAACUGAAGUCCCUCCAAUAUGUUGGAAUAAUAUGUUGGAAUAAUAUGAAGUCCAAAUAAUAUGUUGGAAUCAUAAAUGUGAUUUAUUUUUUCAUCAAAAUGCAACCCAUUUUCUUCAAUGAGGUUUAGACAGCCACUCUGCUAAGAAAAAAAAAGAAAAUAUACCUGACAAAAAUGAAAUUAUUGGAGAUCAUCAUAUCUACAUUAAAUAUUAUUAUGACAUUAUUUCACAGAACACCAAAAAUGAAAACAUCUGAAAAUAUUCCAGAAUAAGAGAGGUUUUUAUCAUUUCAUAAGUGCUGCUGCUAUGAUGAGUUGGUUGUGAUUAAAUGUUUAGAAAGAGCUGCAGCGAAAUGCAGCUUUAUCUCAGCUGUUUGCUUGAAUACUUCAAUAAACCAUUACAAAGGG